AGCUGGUGCAGAUUGUGAUUGGACCGCCGAGGGCUCAGAAAAACAGGUUACGCCAUAUUGUCCGUAUCGAAGAGAGCGCAACAUUUCUUCAAAAAUGACUAAAUAGCUUACGUUAUCGACGGUAGACGCUAAGAUGGCGCACACUGGAGCAAUGGAAGAUGCACCCAUGGAGGACUGCCUUGCCAAGCAGGGGACUGGCAGUGUCUGCCUGAGAAGUCGUCCAUGCUCCAGCGAGCGAGACAGUCAGGUCCGGGCUGUCAAAGCUGCUCUUCAGUCCAGAUUGGGGCCCUACGAACCCGUCCUGACCUACCUACAGUCUGUCCUUGUGUGGGAAAGACCCUUCCAGUGUGUGCUUCUAUACACUGUGGUCAACGUUGUGUUCUGGUUCUUCGCUUUGACCUCACUGCGCUUGCUGUUCUUACUGGCUUCUGGCCUGGCUGUGCUUGUCUGUAUUGAUACUUGGAGAAAGGAGAUCUGGCCCAAGAUUAGAGUCAGAAACGUGGAUGACUCAGAAAAUGAGAGCUGGGGCCUGGUGCAGCCUGGCAUCAUCAGUGUUCCUGAACUGUGCCACCACAUUGCUGAGGCCUGGGUCAGUGCAGCAGUUCUCACAUCCAGUGUGGUGCAGUACAAACAUCAAAACCCUGGCAAAUUUUGCAUCUUUACCUGUGGAGUGUUCACCUGCUUGGCUGUGAUUGGACACUACAUUCCUGGAUUAGUGCUCUCCUACUCUGCUUUGUUAGCCACUCUUCUGAGCCCCCUGGCAGCCUAUCACAGGGUUUUUCAGCAUGUGUGUGUGAAGCUGGACCCGGUCCUGCAGCGGCUGGACUUCAGCGUUCGUGGAUACAUGAUGUCAAAGCCAAUUGAUAAUCAGUUCCUACGAAAGCCUAUACAUGGUGCAGGCUCAGGUGAAGCGAGUGACAGUGAGGAGGAAUUGGCUGCUUUCUGCCCAACGUUUGAUGAUGCUGUUGUUGCGAAGGAACUUGCACUGACAGACUCUGAGCAUUCGGAUGCUGAGGUUUCCUACACUGAUAAUGGAACAUUUAACCUAUCGCGUGGCCAAACUCCACUGACAGAGGGCUCUGAAGAUUUUGACAGACACAGUGAUGCUGAGGAGUCUUUCGCCCAAGAUCUCCCAGAUUUUCCCUCCAUAAACCCUGAUGCUACUCUAAUGGAUGAUGAUGACGACACAAGCAUUGGGCUACCUAGUCUGGGUCAGUCUGGGCUAGCUAGUCACCGGGCUUCAGUACUGGAUGUGGAGGGUCAUCUGGACUCAGACCAGGAGGAUCUAGAUGCAGAACUUUGUCUUAGCGGCCUGCCACCUGCCUCUAAUUUCACUGGAGACUUGGCUGGAGUCAUUGCCAGCAACAUGAUCCAGGCGGCGCUGGCUGGGGCAAUGCAACCUCGGGCUUCUGCUAACCGUCACAGAGAAGGCCCCCCCAAGGCCGGGGCUCACCGAAGCUACCGCAAGCAGUCCAGCUCCGAACUGGAUACAGACUUGGACGGAGAGGACUUUGAAAUGCUGGAUCAGUCUGAACUGAACCAGAUGGAUCCCCUUGGAGGAGGAGGAGGGGGUCCUAGGCGGGGAGACAGCCAGGGGUCUACCUUCUUGUCUAGCCUGCUUGGUAAACCACAAUGAGGUGUGCGUGCGUGCGUGCGUGCGUGCGUGCGUGCGUGUGUGCAGUUUGAUGAGCUGUGAGUAUGUGUGUGUGUGUGUGAGAGAUGAUUUUAGAUUCUAGAAAUCCUGCUUCUGAUUGGCAUCAGUUUAUCACUGUGAAGUACUUCAUUUUUUUCUAUCUUUUCAGACUCUUUUCUCUGUACUUGUAAACCCCAAUUAUCCAGAAAACCUUUACUUUGUAGGCAGAGCAAUAGGAAAUAUAACAAGAAAAAUACAAUGCAUUCAAACAGUAAAUAAACCAGCAUUAUUGAGCCUCGUUGCAGUCUUGUAAACUUAUGUAUCUGUAAGUUACAAGCAUACUAGUUAGUGACUUUAAAUGAAAAACAGUGCCCAUAAAACCUUUUCUACAUGGAGGUCUAGACAUACAGGGCUAUUUAACAUGGGACCAAAUGUGACAUUCCUGUUAGUUGAGCUGAGCCAUGCUUGUUUGGUAAUGACAUCGUGGAACAGCAUUUUAUGUUAUAGUCCAUUUAGUCAUUGCAAUAGACAAAUAAACAGUUCAAGAAACAGCAGUUUGUGUUGAUAUUCAUGCUCCACUCUCCUUACCAUGUGGGCAUGAUCUGUGGGAGCAUGACUUAUUUAAAGUUGCAGGUUUACAGAUAUUCAUUUACAUUAUUUGAACAAUUUUCUGCAGUUGUGCAUUUGGACAGUGAUUCUCUUCUAUGAUGAAGAUGAAUAAUAUCAUGGUAAGGUUUCACUUUUCUCGGUCAUUUCUCUUUAAUUUGUCUUUUUCUGCUGACUAACAUAUGAAGACAUUGUGAUACAAAACUCAGAGCUUAUUUUGUUUCUCACAUUUUAGUCUUAUCUGUCCCAGGGGCACACUUGAUGUUGUGUUUAUUGUUCAUUGUAUUUAUGAACUUGUGCCCCAGGGCAAGAGAUGCUUCUUUUUCGCGUGUGAUUAAGUUCCACAUAUUUUUCAUUUUCCUGCCCUUGAGUGCAGCUCAGUAGCAUAUUGUGUCCAUGUUUAAUACCUUGAAUGAGCCCUCAGCUUUGUGUGUUUUCUUUUUCAAAGUAAUAUUUAUUUUUCUUCCAUUCUUGUACUUUACGUAGUUGACAGUCAAGUUGAACUUUUUAAGAGAAAAAUCAAAUAUUCUCUAGUUCAUGGCUCUUUUAUUAUUUUAACGGGGAACCAUGUUUACAUCAAAAUUGGAUAGAACUUUAUCCUAUAUCCUUUUUAAAAAGUUUUAGUAUGUUAAGGCUUAAAGUGGCUUUUGUGCUGGUCCAUUGGAUUUCCUCUACAAGGACACACCAUAUCAGUAUGUCAGAGUGGAAAUAAAUGAGCCACAGCUGAGAUAUAUUGAAAUGCAAAUAUCAGAGUCUAAAAAAGGCUGAGUUUUAUAGAAUAAAAAACACAUUGCUCUCUUCAGUUGUGUUAUUUUGAGAAGAAAUCAUAGCUGCAAGAUUUUUAGCACAAUAGGAAAAAUAAAACUGCUGGAUCCAUAUUUAUGGAGGUGAAGUAGAACAAUGUGCACUGAGAGGAAAUUGCUGGGCUUUUCAGAAUAAAAAAUAGAAACGAAAGAAAAGGUAGGUUGUUUGUUGGACUUGAUUUGACUGCCUCUGUUCACAAGAAUGUUGCUGCUGGCUGCUCCAUGGAGUCAGUUCCUCAGUAUGAGUGAUUUGUAGGCUGUUUGAUGAUGUUAUGUGCAUAGUAGUGUAUUUUCUUCUCCGUAUCUGGUUUUGAUAUGUUUUGAUGUGCAAAUCGUAUUGAAUAAAAUGUUUGCAUUUAA